CCUCCCGAACCCCUCUCACGACUUCUCAUCUCUCGCCUUCUCCAUCCAACUCCUCCUCUCACGCCCUCUCCGUCCAACUUCUCUCCGGAAAACCCCUCUCCGGCGAACCCCUCUCUGUAAACCUCCCCUCCGAAGUCCUCUCCGUCAACAAGAAGAGGAGCUCCAGGAUGCUCAACACGAAGAGGAGCUACGCGCAGUACCAUCUCGAAUUAGGGCAGUCGGACUUCCUCCUCCGCUCCUGCUCCGUCUGCGGGAUGAUGUACGCCCCCGGGGAUGAGUCAGACGAGAAGCUCCACGGGGAUUUCCAUAAGAAGUACUACGAAGGAAUUCGGUUCAAGGGCUGGCGCGAUGAGAGAGUUGUCUCGACGCCCAGCGGAGGCAAUUGCCGCAUCCUAUUGGUUCUCGACGGUGACUCCCCAUCGCACAAGCACAAGGUUAAGGAGGUGCUUACGAUCAUGGAGAAGGAACUUGGGUUCCAAAUAGUUCUCUGAGACGUUGCUUUGUUUAAUAAGGCUGCAUAUAAUAUUGGAGGGCAAGUCAUUACUGCCAACUGCAUUGAGUACUCCAUUUUGGGUUGUCGGACAUCUCGGAUGGGUCGUGUAUGAUCUUAAUUUGUAUGAUUAGAAAUUCAAUAUUCUUUAUCAUCAACUUCGUCGUGCCAAUAACUUCUAACUGUCGUUAUUGAUCUAAUCUGAAAUUGUAUGUUUGGUCUGAUCACU